AUGGCUCAAAUUAUAAUUAAAUUCACUUUUGGUAUCAGUUCUGAUUUUAAUAAAACUCAAUUAUUUUCAUUAUUGUAAUUUAAUUAUUAAUAUUAGAAUUUAAUGUCAAUUAAGCUUUAAUAGUAAAUAAAAAAGAAGGCUUUGGAAAUCAAAAAUAUAUUCAUGACCUCUAUGAUUGUGGUAGCAUAAUUAAAUACAUCUUAAAACUAGAGGAAAAAAAUAAAAUUUAUCAAUAGAUCUAAAUUCAGAGUCAAAUAGAGGUAAAGUUGAAUAGGAAAAACAAUCAGAAAUUUUCAAGCAAACAACUGAAAGAGAAAAUUCAAUUUUAUUCUGGUACUUGGAAUAAAGUAGGUGUAAAUAAUAAUUGGAGAAAACUCAAGAAGCAAUAGUUGUCGAUGUUUACAAUAAACCUCAACAAACAAAUAUUAAUAAUUUCAUUGUAGUAAAGGAUGGUAGAAAUAUAUAAAGUCGUCAUCAGUUUUAAAUAAAGAAUAAGCAAACAAACUAUUUAAAUAGUAUGAGUUUAAGAGAAAAUCGAUAAAUAUA